ACACACAAUAUGAUAUCAAACUGGAAAUUAAACAUCAAGAAAAUGUGAGAUCGGAGUAUCUUUUAAGUUUAAGUAAAUACAACUUUUUGCUUCUCUGGCAUAAUUAACAUGAUACUUGACGUCUCAUUGGGGGCGAAAAAAACCUAACAUAGUUCCAACAUUCAACAUAUAUGUUAAACUGUUUUUUACGCUGGAUUGCUGAUACAGACCGGUGACCCGUGUCACAUGUAAAGUAUUUGUGCCAGCAUUCGGAAUGGGAGGGCAGCAGUUCAUUCCCUGACAGACUUCCUUCGCAGCAGCAGUGAAAUAGUGUCGGCUGUGCAGUAGGGAUACCGUUGCAAAGUUGAAAUAAUGAGUGCUAUAAGAAACUUCUUCUGUCGUCCGUGGUCUUCUGAUGCCAGGCUUGAUGGAAAGACUGUGAUAAUAACUGGUGCCAACACUGGCAUUGGUAAAGAGACUGCCCUGGAUUUAGCCAGGAGAGGGGCAAGAAUUAUUAUGGCCUGCAGAGACAUGGAAAAAGCUGAAGGUGCACAAAAAGAGAUCAUUGCAGAGUCUGGAAAUGAAAACAUAAUUGUAAAGAAACUGGACCUGUCUGGCACCAAGACGAUCAAGGAAUUUGCAGAACAAAUUAACAAAGAGAGUCAAGUUAACAUUCUCAUUAAUAACGCUGGGAUCAUGAUGUGUCCGUACUCCAAGACAAAGGAUGGCUUUGAGAUGCAGUUUGGUGUCAACCACUUAGGACACUUUUUGCUCGUCCACUUGCUGAUUGAUCUGAUAAAGAAAUCGCCUCCAGCCAGAAUCGUUAACGUUUCUUCGGUUGCACACAGCUGGGGAACCAUGAACUUUGAAGACAUUAACAGUGAAAAGAGCUACGAUUCAGUGAAAGCCUAUGGACAGAGCAAACUGGCAAACAUUCUCUUUACACGUGAGCUGGCACAAAGGCUGGAAGGAACGGGUGUGACGACAUAUGCCUUGCACCCUGGGAUUGUAAAUACGGAGCUAGGAAGGCACCUAAACAGCGCUAUGAAGAUUGUAAUGCAAGUAAUCCGACCUUUCACCAAGUCAUCAAUAAAAGGCGCUCAGACCUCAAUCUACUGUGCAGUAGAACCAGGGCUGGAAAGGGAAACUGGAGGAUAUUACAGUGAUUGUGCCCCUGCAUCUAGCUCAAGAAAUGCUACAGAUGUUGAGGUAGGUAAGAAACUCUGGGCCGUCAGCUCUCAAAUGCUAGGAAUAACGUGGGACUGAGAAAACUGCUAAACUUUACUUAUAUAGUGUCACUGUGAAAUAAUCAUUCAUUGUCUCUCUGAACUUAAGUGAUGCUCUCUUCUUGUGGUUGCUGUUGGUUAUUCAGCACAAAUCUUACAAACCAUUUUUUCAGUGAAAAGAAUCAAAAUUGAAAUACUGAAUUAUAAUAAUAGAACUUGCCUACUAGUUUUAACAUCAACCAAUUUGCACCAGUUCGCAGUUUGUAUACAGUUUUUACAAGAACAAAAACGCUAUAAAAGGUUCGGUUCUGAACAUUCAUUUAACUGCUUCUGCCUAAACAUAAGUUGUUGUUUUCUUCGUUUUAUCAGGUGCUGCAUGUCUGAAAGUGCUAAGUAGGGUAGAAACAUGCAAUGAUUAUACUCUGGUCUGUAUUUUAUUACUAUUUGUAAGUGUGCUGUUAUUAAGGUGUUUUUUUCUAUUAACUUACAUCUGACUUAUUCAGGUAAAGCUAUAUGUUCAUGUUGUAAUAGGCUGUUGUCAAUAUUACUAAUUGUCUAAAAACAAUGUAACAUACAAUAAAUGGUACUGGUUCUGUGGGUAUUUUUUAUUUAUUUAUUUUUUUUGGUUAUUCUAACUGGUGAAUGGUCAAAUAUUUUAACCCUGAAUUGUAAAAUCAGCUUUUAUAUUUUGCCAAUGUAACAAUUUAAAAGUUUCCUGUAGUAAAUAAAUGUAUAUCCUGGCACUCUGCAGCACUCUUGGAGUUAUUUACCAAACUGUAUUUCUGAUAUACUUUCAUGGGGCAACCAGGUCAUGCCAGUGUGCUGCCAAUGGGUAUCUUAGAAAAAAUGUAACCUUCCACCACACUAAGCUGUUUGAUGCUCUGGUGUGAUCCUACAGCAUUCCAAAGGUAAAUUGGUCCAAUAUAACAUAUUUAAAAUUGUUGCUGAGUCAGAGAACUGUGGUCAACCAGGGUAAGAGUGAGUAUCUAAUCAAUACUUUCACGAAGACAUUCUUGGAAACAAAGUCCAACCUGUGUAAAUAAAUUACUGUAAAUAACAUACCUGAAUGUAACUCCUGAAGUAAUGAAUGUCAAUCAAACCUGGUACAACCUCUUAACAGCUUCAUGUAGUCAUAGCGCUUAUCCCAGCUGACCAUAUUUGUAUAAUUAAGAUUUCAGUCACGUGUCAUAACAUGGCAUGUCUUAGUCCAGAAGCAAGUUAAUUUAUAAUAAUAAAUAAAUAAAAAUACGACAAUUCAUAUAAUGGGGAACUUGUAACACAUAAUCCACUUCGUAACAAUCUCGUUUUGUUUGUUAGGUGCUAAUUUGUUUGUAUGCAGGAUCAGAUUACAGUGACCAGUCAUGAAACAUCUACCAAUCCAUGUCUCCCAAAUUUUGUUGCUAGGAAACCCCAUUAAAAUG